GGUGGUCGAAGAAGGACCAGCUGGGUGCUAGAACCGCGCUUGCUGCUCAGAGACUGAGGCAGCAGCAUCACCAGCCGCAGACACCUUCCGGAGCUGCCCAAGGAUGCCCCGGGACUUUUUGGUGAAGAGGAGUCGCAGACCUACGCCCAUCUCUUACCGGAUGCAUUGCUCCUGCUACCCGGCCGCUGGGCUGGAAGGAGGCGAUCCGGUGCAGCUCUUGGUUCCUCCACCUUUUCCGGCCCCUCACUUCCCCAGCACGGCUUCUGCCUCGGAAUCCGCCAAAGCGGAGGGCCCCUCUUCACCGGUGCCGCUGCACAGUCCAGUGCGAGCGGUGAGCAAGGAACGUAGCCUCCACCUGGCCUCGCCCGUCUCGGCGCUGGAACCAUUACUCUUGGGCCCUGGAGGAGACCUCAAGCUUUGGGAAGUCGCCGCCACCGCCGCCGCCAUCACUUCUGGCCCGCUGCUUGCCCCCCAGCACAGCCAUGGGCCGAGCCCAGGCACACCGAAGUGGUCUCAGGGCAGAAAGACCAAGGCAGCCCGCAAGUUGCACUUCAAGGACGAGGUGAGUAUGUCGCCGGUGCGCCGACCAAGGCCAAGCCUGUUCCAGAGGAGACUGCCAAGGGAGGGGAUGGCGGCGGCAACAGUAGUAGCAGCAGCGAGCGGGAUAUGCCAAAUCCCGGGAGUGGUGGGGGUGGUAGCAGCGGAGAACCGGAGGCCACCAGAGCCGAGGAAUUCACCUGCCCGCAUUGCGCCAAGCGCUUCCGAUGCCAAAGCACCCUGCGUAAGCACCUGCUGCUCCACCACGAGCCCCUUGACGGCUUGUCCCAGGCUCGCCUGCUUCCUGAGGCCUGUCUGGAAGAGGCGACGCCGGACGGCCAAAGCCUGCUGA